UUUUGGUCGUGAUUACCGCUAGCGGCCGAUCACGUAUGUGACAUGGCGUCCGGGUAGGAAGAAAGUUGACUGUUAAAUAAGCGUUAAUGUUGUUUUUAUGACACUGACCGACCGAAAAGGGAACAUCCGAGGCCGCGAAUUUCCCACAGACACCGGCAUUGAUGGUAAUGCAUGCGAGGAAACCACAAAGGAUCAGCGAUGGGUACUUCGAAAAGCACCAGGCCCAUCCCUACCAGAACGCAAAGUACAGCAGUUCUAAGGGUGGCUAUUCUUCAUCGACGACGUCGUCGGAUAGUCGCUACGAAGGGCGUAUGCGUGAUUCCCCAAAUGGCAAUUCUUACAGUCCAGCAGGAGGCUUGGGAUUGGGAAUGGGAGCAGACAGAGACAGCCCCAGGAGUUAUACCUCCAAGCCCCUGUAUAAGAAGGAGAGAGAAAAUAGAGACUAUAAAUUAUCCUCCUCUAGGGACAAGUAUUCCGAUUGUGCACGAUCACCAAAAGACAAGAGAAGCCAUGAGAGCAGGGAUUCAGAACACAGGACCAACCACGAUAGGAGUAGUGGAGAGAUCUUACAUCCCAUAAAAUUAUCAUCAAAUUCAUCACGAGAUUCUUCAUCUCAGAGAAAACCAGCUCACAAUUCUUGUCAGGAUAAACGUGGUGAUGAACGAGGUGCGAUGGAACGAACAGCCAGGUUUGGUGAUUGGUCAGAACAUAUGAGUUCUUCAGGAAAGAAGUAUUAUUAUAAUUGCAAAACAGAAGUUUCUCAGUGGGAAAAACCACGUGAAUGGACUAUUCGUACAGAUAAUCGUCAACGCCAAUCCAAUGAUUACUCCUCUAGGUCAAGUCAUGAUAAACAUUCCAACUCGCGAUCAAAUAGCAGUAGCAGCUUGCGAGAUGGUAAAUCAUCCCGGCAAUCUGACAAGCGGGAAUAUUGGAGUUCAUGUAGUGGAAGUGGCGGUAGCAAUAGAGAAGAAGUUUCUACGCGCGAUAGAGAGAGAGAAAAGGAACGAGAGAGAGAACGAGAAAGAGAGAGAGAAAGAGAACGGGAGAGAGAAAGGGAAAGAGAGAGAGAACGAGAAAGGGAAAGAGAUUCUUGCAGGGAAGAAACAGGAGCAGAACGUCAAGCUCAAGAUAUGGAUAUUUCACCUGGUGAUUCUACACCAACUUCUGAACCUUUAACAUCCUGUGCUCAUGAUCCACUGCCGCAAGGUCCUGUUCUAUUGGCCACUGCAUUACCUCGAUUAACAUCACAUCCACCAUCGACACCACAAACACCUGGAAAAUUAAGUUCACCAACACAACAACAAGGGAAUAGUAAUGCUCCAGGACCACCAGUUUCAUUAGCAAGUUUACCAAGACUUCUUUCUCAAAUUACAGGCAGCAAAGAACAACCUGACAUUACACCGCAGAAAGCGUUACAGACAAUUCAAACAGCUAUCUUGCUAUCUAGACAACAAUCAGCUAGUGGAGACCGAAAUAACAGUGGCAAUGAUGUAAUGGUCCCAUUAAAAGUUGAUACUAGUGGCAAUACUACCAGUGAGGGACCACCUACUCCAACCCAUUCAGAAACUCAGGAUUGUAUCGAUGCUCGAAAAUUAACCAGUCCUGGUGGAACGAAUUCUGGAGUGCAAGGUCUAAGCUCAUUGCAAAGUCUUAGUACGUUAGGUUCUCUUGGAAAUUUGAGUAAUACUGGAGGUUUACAAGCAUUGUCUAGAGUACAACCUCCUUUAACACCUUCUUUAACACCAUCACUUGCUAAUCAUUAUCGAGAAGAUUUAACACAACAUGUGCGUGCCUUUCCAGCCGAUAUCCUUGAGAAACAGGCACAAAAACUUAGUGAGGAAGCACAUACAAUGGGCAGUUUGCAGUGCACAAGAGUAUCUGCAGAAUUGAAAACAGCACGAUCGAUAGUGAGGCUGACAGAAAUUCAGGCAACACUACAGGAACAAAGGAUAUUAUUCCUCCGUCAACAAAUUCAAACAUUGGAGGAACUAAAAUCCCAAAAUUCCUUCAUGUCUGAUGAUUCUUAGUGUAAGAAACUUUAUAAAAUAAUUAUAAUUACAACCUAUAAUUAAUUCAUGCAAAAAAUAAAACAUAAUUAUUAAUAUUCUCAUUAAUAUUGAAUAAUUAAAAUUGUACCUAAAUUAUAAUAUCGUGAUAGAAGUGAUAUAAUAGCAAAUGAAUAUGGGCUGCCUAGAGAGGUCAAGCUGUUUCUCUAUCAGCUGACGAGUCUUAUUAAUUAAUUAGUGAAUCCACCUCUCUAGGAAGCACAAGAGGCCUAUCCAACACACAGAUGCAACACUGAGUAAAUAGAAAGUGAAUAAACUCUAUCGGUUUAAUGCAAACUACUAAAUUGUAUAUCUGAAUUGUCCACAGCAUCUUGUAUUACCUAUGUUAUAAUACGUGUCAAUGUUUCUCAUAUCCCACGAUUAUGCGACAUUUUAACUAGUUGGAACAUUUUUGUUGUAAAUCUCGGAAUAAAAUUCGUGCCACAAGUUUUAAUCCAGUUCUUUAUCACCAUUAACUCACCUAAUUACCCACACAUGUUUGUCUGGUGAAUUAAGAAAGUAAAAUUCAAGAAAAAUUUGUGGACGCAAUAAUUUACUUAUUUACAAUGCUUUUUCUGUCAUUUGGUAUUUUACAGAGAAUGUUAUUGCUGUAGAAAUACAAAUAUUAAUGACAUUAGCAUUUUAUAUCAUGCAUAAUUGAUGGCCAUUGCUGACUUUGAAGUAAGUUAAAUAUGUUUAAACAUAAAACAAUGAAUAUUAUAGAAUACUAGAAUUUAAUUGUGUGUAUCUUAAUAAUGACGUGAUCCCAUAAUUUAUAUUUGAUGAUUAUGUAAACAUGUAACAUUGUAUAGCUAUAUUGAUAGAUUUUAAACAAUCAUUAUGAUAAAAUAUAUCAUCAGUCAUUUUGAUGGUCUUCAAUCUAUGUAUGAAUCUAUUUUUAUCUUUUGUAAUAAAAAAGAGACUUGUGUAGAAUGCAAACUGUAAUAACCAACAAAUUAAACAUAUCGAUGAUGUAUCUUAUAA